AUUUCUUGACUGGUUUAACCUCAAUAAGGAGAGAAUAUGUAAUAAAACAUUCAAUUGACCAACGGAAACAUGGUAUCCGGUGCAUGAGCCUUCAACCAAUUAACGCUAAUUGACAUCCUCACGUGACUACUGCUUUAAGUAAAAACUGGAGAAAUAGAAAAUCAUCUUAUAAAUUCUAAAACUAAAACAUAUACAAAAUGAAAUGCUGUUCAGUACAAAUGUCAGUGCUACUGUUGACUGUGGGCGGCUGGUGUGUAUCCCUCCACGACCAGGCGACCAGGGAAGCUCUCCCUAAGGUCGCCUGCCUACGCCGAAGGAUCCGGGCUGUAUUUGGACCUCUGGUCCGGACUAACUUGCAGGUGAAAGACAGUUCAGGGGCCAAAAUCCCGGUUCCCGAGGCAGAGGGGCCCUGCGGGGUCCGAAAGUGGAGAGAGAAACACGGUCGCGUGUCCUUCUACAGCCAGUACGACAGCUGCUAUGUCCAGAUCCAGGGUAGCUCGUUUCUCGUCCCGCUCGCGGUGCAGCUGGAGGGAGACGACCGCUGGAUCGGUGUCAACAUCAGCUGCCCGCGGACCAAGAGGCACGCGGCCUCCCCCAUGCCCACACCCACGAUGUUACCUGGGAGCUGUGACCUGGACCCUGCUAUACGCAUGCCCUGUGGCCCCCUGGCAGUUUCCAUGGAAACCUGUGGGCUUCUGGGAUGCUGCUUUAAUUCCCAAGAGGAUGUUUGCUACUACAGACUCAAUGCCUGUUCCGUGGACGGCCAUUUUGUGUUCUCGGUGGAGGCGACGGACACGAUGCCUCGGCUGGACCCCCGCACCCUGUGGGUCAGGGGUCAUCCAGACUGCCUGCCCGCCGUGGCGACAGAAGACGUAGCCAUCUUCAAGAUCCCUACGACAGCAUGUGGCGCCGGGAUGAGGUCCAAGGGAGACCUGCUGAUCUACGAGGUGGCGGUGGAGUCACAGCAGACCGACCGUUCCCCUUUCAGUCUGCAGGUGAAAUGUGAGUAUCCUGCCGCUGAGCCUGCGGCCACUUUGCGUUCCGAGAGCAUCAUCGUCCGCCCUACACCAACGGUCGCCAUUGGAACCAUCGGAGUCCAGAUGAGGAUCGCCACAGACUCCUCCUUCUCCUCCUUCAUCAGCGCCGACCAGCUUCCCGCGGCGUUCCAGCUGCGCUCUCCCAUCUAUGUGGAGGUGUCUAUCCGGCAGCCGGCCCCUGAGCCAGGCCUGUCGCUGCGGGUCCGGGACUGCUUUGCCUACCCCACCUCCCGAACCUCCGUCUGGAGGCUGCUCUACGACGGGUGUCCAAACCUUCUGGACCCUCUGAGGAGCUCCACCCCAGUGGACUCCCAGGAGGGAGCCGGCACUCCCUCACAGGUCCGGAGGUUCGACGUCAAGACGUUCGCCUUCCUGGACCCCCAGACUGGCAAGCCCAGCGAGGAGGAGAUUUACUUCUACUGCUGGGUAGAAAUUUGCACAGUGGCAGCUGAGUGUGCACAGCCAUGCACCAUCGUCUCCUCUGAGGCCAGACGGAGGAGGAGGAGGGAGGUCUGGUCCGACUUGGCCCAGCUGGUCUCGCUGGGACCACUGCGGUUGGGACGCAGUGACGUCGACCCUGAACCCUAUGUACCCAUCAUAACAAAAUGUUCCAGGUGACCUACAGUCUAGGAGUUGCAGGGGGAGUCCUGCUGGUGGUUCCACAGAACCCACACAAACCCCUAAUUAAAGAUCUUAUACCAAUGUUGA